AAAUCAUGAAUUAAUUGGGAGGAAGCGUAGUUUUUGGUUCAGCUUUUGUUGUACAUUUCCCUACCUGAAAUUUUCCUUCAUCAAAAUCAAAGUCUUGGAUAUCCAGAAGGGUUGUCCUCAGUGUUUCAGAUACCUCAAAGUCCUUCUUCCUUGGAUGAAUCCUGUCAUUUUCCCUGUCUUGUCUUGGACAGCAACCCAGGCUCAGCCAAUCACAUCCUCAGAGGCCCUGACGCUGCCAGCCAAUAGGAAUACUCGCGCGGUUGAGACUGGAUGCGCCAUUUUACUGCGUCCACAGUCAUCCGGCAAGAUGGUCCCUUGCUUUGUUUCUUCUCAGCGGAGUUAUUUCGGCUUUUAGCCCUAAAUUUUUAGCUUCCACACCAUCGAAAUUUAGUACAUUGGGUUGACCGGGGUUUGCUGAAGUAAAACAAUACCUCGCUGCCGUACGUCAGGAAAUGACGACUGCUGGAAGCAGGUAAAAUGAGUCUGGCUUCUUCCGAAUCAAACCUAGAUCUAAUGGGAGAGAAAGGAGAGGAGCCUGGGAGCUCAUCAGAAAGCAUGAAACCGUCUUCUUCUCGAAGCAGGAGGAAGCCCACCAAUGUAACAAAGCACACAGAACAGAAAGACUCUGACGCCUCGACUAACGGCGAAAACGAAGGAGCCACUUCUGACAGUAACACAGGCAGUGGAUCUAAAGGCACUUUAGUGAUGAAACCGAGUGGGAAUGAAAGCAAAGGUGCCAUGAAGCUCAGAGUGGAUUUCAAACAGAAAAAGACAGAUGAUACCCUGGAGAAGAAAGUUAACUGCACAGCCUGCGGAAAACAAGUAAACCAGUUUCAGCGCAACUCUGUGUACGAGCAUCCUAUGCUCAAAGUACUCAUUUGCAAGUCAUGUUUCAAAUACUACACAAGCGAUGACAUCGGCCGGGAUUCUGAUGGAAUGGAUGAGCAAUGCAGAUGGUGUGCUGAGGGUGGAAAGCUAAUCUGCUGUGACUACUGCAACAACGCUUUCUGCAAAAAGUGCAUACUGCGCAACCUGGGCAGGAAGGAACUGUCCAGCAUCACGGAUGAGAACUCCAAGUGGCACUGCUACGUGUGCCGGUCCGAGCCCCUCCAGGAUCUGGUCUCCAACUGCCACAGCAUCAUGCAGAGGAAAGAGGAAGUGGAAAUGAAGCAACGAAAAACAGAUAAAGCUGAGGAGCGUGAAGGCAAGAAAGAGAAGAAGAAAUCCCCCAAGGAACAGAAAGCAAUCGCAAAUGGGAAAGAACACGGUGAAGGCUUGGGGACCAUGACUUUCUCCUAUAAAAAUCUGCAGAUACCCAAAGAUCUAAUCAAGAAGACAAAGAAGCUUGUUGAAACUACAACCGGGUUAAAUAACACUUUCAUUCAGUUCAUCCAGCAGGCGACCGACGACCAGGCAGACGCCACCAUCAGGUAUCGACAUUUGAAAGCCUUCAAGGCGGUGCUCUCAGAUCUGAGGAAAGCCCACAAUGCCUUGGAGGAGGCUUUGAAGCCCGAGUUCAGAAACAUGGAGCUGCAGAAUGGUACUGAAGGGCAACAUGCGAGAAAGAUUGGCAAUGUUGUGGAACCUGCAGAAAACAACGAGAUGGAUUGUUCUGCAGAUUCACUUCCUGGUGAGGACGGUGAGCAGCAUAAUGAAGUCAAGCCAAUUUGUGACACAGAAGAAAUGAAGGAGGCUAAGCAGCCGCCUGAUGAGAAUGAUUCAGUUUGUAAAUCUGGCAAAACCAAAAAGGUGUCAAAGGAGCAGGACAGUAUAGCAGAUUUAGUUGGUAAGACGGAGACGGUUGAAGAGCUGCCUAACGAAAUGGAGAUUUCAGUAAAAGAGUCGCCCAAAAAGCCGUCUAACGAAACAGAUUCAGUUGAUGAAGCAGAAACGAUGGACGAAGGGAUGAAAGAGUUGGAUAACCAGCAGGACAUAAAGUCAGAGGACAAAGUGUUCAAUAAGCCUGAAAUGAAAGACCACCAAACAGAAACAAGCGUCCCCAAAAUGACAAUUAAGAGCGAGGUCUUUGACGGUGAGCCAGUGUCUACUGCUGAAACGUCCCUGGAUCACGACAUUAUGUCUGUUCCUCCUUCAGUACCUGAGGAGCUUUUCCAGAUGGUGGAGAGCCUCGCUGACUCCUCCUUGCUCUCACAGACCGAUACCAGUUCAGUGAAAGACGUGGAUACAAAGUCAAAUGAACAUCCUCCAGAAACCCAAUGCCCCCAACCCAGAGUUAAGAACCUGAUAGUCAAACUGACUCCUGUACCAGUUGUCAAAAGCAGCAGUUCUAGGUCCUCUAGGUCGAAGGACAAAGAAAACGCAGAACAGCCGAGCAAGAGUAAGGAAAAAGACGAGGAUAAGAAAGACUCCGAUUCUAGUAGAGCAGAAGAAGCUGACAGCCCACCACCGACCCGCCGCUCCAGUAGGGUGAAGACCACUCCUUUAAGGAAGCAAGGAGAAAAUAAAGGCAAGAAGGACUCCUCUGAGUCAGAAUCUGACGGAGACAGCAAGGCCAGGGCCAAGCCAUCAAAGAAAUCCAGUAACAUUAAAAAAGAGACCAAAAGUUCAGAGAAAACAUCGGACGACUCUGACUCAGACGAAGUUCCUCCCGUUCUACUGGAGAAAGCUGCAACAGGCAACAGCAGCACAGACGAGGAACAGGAAAGCACAAAGGCUAAAAAGCGUCUCUUCAAAUCAGACACGUCUUCGAAGGACACAGAGACGCUAACCAAACGCAAACGGAAGUCUGAAAGCUCAGGUUCAGAUGCAGAGCGUAAAGACAAGAAGACGUCCAAGAAGAAGAAACAAGCCAGCUCGGACAACUCGGACUCUGAUUCAGAUGGAGAGCUUAAAAACAAGAAGACGUCCAAGAAGAAGAAACAAGCCAGCUCGGACAACUCGGACUCUGAUUCAGAUGUGGAGAGUAAGAGCAAAGCAGUCACAGCUAGGAGGAGGUCUAGCCGCGUCAAGAAACAGGAGAACUCCAAGGGCCAUGAAAAAGACUUGUCUGAAAAGAAGCAGAAGCGAUCUUAUGAAAAGAAGCGGAAGGGAAGGAGCCCAAAAGCUGCCUCCAAGCUACAGUCUUCAUCUGAGGAGGAGGAGGAGGAGGAGGAAGAAGAGGAGGCUGGAGGUGACUCCGGAGAGGAUAGUGACCAGCAAAAGAUCAAACCCAUUGUGGAGGAUAAUGUACUUGGAGGCAGUGGAGUCUUCAAUCAGUCCUCAGGAGACGAGGUAGACACUAAAGACGAUUCUCAAGUUUUUGAAGACGACGACGACGACCCUGAGAACAGGAUUGCAAAGAAAAUGCUUCUUGCACAAAUAAAGUCCAGUUACUCUUCUGGAGCAGAAAGCUCCUCUGACAACGAAGAGGAAGACACGAAAAAGAAAUUCUCCAAGAAAGCUAAAAAAGGAAAAGAGGACGACGAAGAGGAGCGAGACAAUGAAUUUACAGAAGACUCUGAGUCUGACGUUGAUGUGAAGAAGCGCGGCAGUCGGCACAAAUUGCUCCGUCAUAAGCUCUCCUUGAGCGAGGGUGAAUCUGGAGACUCGAGCAAGGAGAAGAAGAGCAAGGGCAGCAAGAAAAAGUCUUCACGUAAAGUUGGCAGCGACGACUCUGAAGACUCAGACUUUGAGAAGUCGGCGUCUGGUUCUGCGUCGGGGAUGAGUGAGGAGGUCAGUGACUCGGAGGUGGACAGCAAGCGUCGGAAGACCAGAUCAGCAAAGAAGAAAGAAGAUGAGAAUCAGAGGAGCUACAAGCAGCAGAAAAAGAAGCGACGCAGAAUCAAAGUUCAGGACGACUCCUCCAGCAAUAACGAGAAGAGCGGAGAGGAAGAUGGUGAGGAUGCAGAUGGAGAGGGGCGCAAAGGUCGGAAAAAGAUCCGCAAAAUCCUCAAGGACGACAACUUGAGGACAGAGACGAGAGACGCUCUGAAGGAGGAAGAGGAGAGGAGGAAACGCAUCGCUGAGAGGGAGGCGCUCAGGGAGAAACUCCGAGAGGUGGUCGUAGUAGAAGAAGCCUCCCAGGUGGCGUGCCCCAUCACCACCAAGCUGGUCCUGGAUGAAGACGAAGAGACCAAGGAGCCGCUGGUUCAGGUGCACAAGAGCCUCGUCACAAAGCUCAAGCCUCAUCAGGUCGAUGGUGUUCAGUUUAUGUGGGACUGCUGCUGCGAGUCGGUGAAAAAGAUUCAGAAGUCUGCAGGCUCUGGCUGCAUCCUGGCUCAUUGCAUGGGUCUAGGAAAAACUCUACAAGUGGUGACGUUCCUCCACACCCUGCUGCUCUGUGAAAAGCUCGACUUUAGCACAGCUCUAGUGGUUUGUCCCCUCAACACUGUUCUUAACUGGCUCAAUGAGUUUGAGAAAUGGCAGGUGGGACUGAAGGAUGAGGAGAGCCUCGAGGUAACAGAGUUAGCCACAGUUAAGAGGCCUCAGGAGCGAGCCUAUGCUCUCCAGCAGUGGCAGGAGUCGGGUGGCGUUAUGAUCAUAGGUUAUGAGAUGUACAGAAAUCUGACGCAGGGACGAAACAUCAAGAGCAAGAAGCUAAAAGAGACGUUUCAGAAAACGCUUGUGGAUCCAGGUCCAGACUUGGUGAUCUGCGACGAAGGCCACGUUCUGAAGAACGAGGCUUCUGCCGUCUCCAAAGCAAUGAACUCGAUCAGGACGAGGAGGAGGAUCGUCCUGACUGGAACUCCUCUGCAAAACAACCUCAUUGAAUACCACUGCAUGGUGAACUUCAUCAAGGAAAACUUGCUCGGGUCGGUGAAGGAGUUCAGAAACCGCUUCAUUAACCCCAUUCAGAACGGCCAGUGCGCCGACUCGACGCUGCAUGACGUCCGGAUUAUGAAGAAGAGGGCGCACAUCCUCUAUGAGAUGCUGGCCGGCUGCGUUCAGAGGAAAGAUUACUCGGCGCUCACCAAGUUCCUGCCUCCCAAGUACGAGUAUGUGCUGUCGAUCAGAAUGACCCCGCUCCAGUGCAAACUCUACAGACAUUACCUGGAGCACUUCACAGGUGUGGGGAAUGCUCUGGAAGGGGGCCGGGGCCGAGCGGGAACCAAACUCUUCCAGGAUUUCCAGAUGCUCAGCAGGAUCUGGACCCAUCCCUGGUGCCUUCAGCUGGACUACAUCAGUAAAGAAAACAGGGGUUACUUCGACGAAGACAGCAUGGAUGAAUUCAUCGCUUCAGAAACCGAGGAAUCCUCCAUGAGUCUGACCUCGGAGGAUGAGAAGGCGAAAAAGAAAAAGAAGCAGGGAAAAGGCAGGAAGAAGGGCUCCGACGACUCGGACAGUGACGAGGUGGAGGUCAUCAAGGAGUGGAACAGCAGCUCUCGUGGCAGGAACGGAGAAGGUCGAAGCCAACCCGAGCCGGUUGAAGAACCCCGGGCAGCCAACUCCACGCCAGGGAGUCCCUGCUCUGCCGACUGGUACAAGGAGUUUGUGACGGAGGCCGACUCUGAAAUCCUGGAGCACUCAGGAAAGAUGAUGCUGCUUUUUGAGAUCCUGCGCAUGGCUGAGGAAACGGAAGAUAAAGUGUUGGUGUUCAGUCAGUCGCUCAUCUCUCUGGACCUGAUAGAAGAUUUUCUAGAACUUUCCUGCAGAACAGAGGAGGAUGAAAAACUUUCUCCGUACAAAGGAGAAGGAAAAUGGUUCAGGAACAUCGACUAUUACCGCCUCGACGGCUCCACCAACGCCCCCACCAGGAAGAAGUGGGCCGAGGACUUUAAUGACACCAGUAACACAAGGGGCCGUUUGUUUCUUAUAUCCACCCGAGCCGGUUCUCUCGGCAUCAACCUGGUGGCUGCCAACAGGGUCAUCAUCUUUGACGCGUCCUGGAAUCCCUCGUACGACAUCCAGAGUAUCUUCAGGGUGUAUCGCUUUGGCCAGGUCAAACCUGUCUACGUCUACAGGUUCCUUGCUCAGGGCACAAUGGAGGAGAAGAUUUAUGAGCGGCAAGUGACCAAGCAGUCUCUGUCGUACCGAGUUGUGGAUCAGCAGCAGAUCGAGAGACACUUCACCAUGAACGAGCUGGCUGAGCUCUACACCUUUGAGCCGGACAUGCUGGACGAUCCUUCAGAGAAGAAGAGCAAGAGAGCAACUCCGAUGCUUCCAAAGGAUCCCCUCCUCGCCGAGAUGCUGCAGAACAACAAGGACCAGCUCGUGUGUUAUCACGAACACGACUCCCUGCUGGACCACAAGGAGGAGGAAGCCCUCAGCGAGGAGGACCGCAAGGCGGCCUGGGCCGAGUACGAAGCAGAGAAGAAGGGCCUGUCGAUGAGGACCAACUACGCUGCGAACUACGCUCAGCCAGACAUGGGCACAUCUAACUACUUCUCCUUCAAUAUGGCAGCUUUGGCCACCAUGUCCAACCAGCAGCUGGAGGACCUCAUAAACCAGGGACGGCAGAAAGUCAUUGAAGCAACAAACGCUUUGAAAGCCUUAGCUCGGGAGUCGAUGGAAGACGUCAUUGCCAGAAUAUGGAAGGACAACCCAACGCUCACAGAGAGCCAGGUCCAGGCGCUCUCGCUGAGGCACCAAGCCACCGUGGAGAUGGAGCUCAAGCGCAGGGAAGGCAUUUACAGAGAGGUCCUCAACAGGCAGCAAACGCUGAUGGUGUAUGUUCAGAAGCUGAUCACCAACAGGAAGGUGCAGGAGCAGCAGCUGGCCAUGGCCAACCAGGCCACCUACCUGAACCAGCUGGCCCUGCAGAACGGCAUGAUGGCAGGCGGGAUGAGCCAAAUGAACCUGCUCGGGCUUUACCAGCGCCUCCACGGCAUGGGCGGCAAUCAAGGCGGCGGCAAGAACCCGGGCCCCUCACAGGGCAUGUAGGGUCAGCUCGGGGCCCCUCUUUUCACCCCACGAGUGGACAAUCUGGUUCCCAGCAGCCCCCCCUGCUGUCUGUGACAAAACUCGCUGUGAGACCACUCAGAGCUCAAAUGUAACCAAGCAGAGACUGCUGUCUGCUGGGGCCUCUGAUUGAAUAGUGUUGUGCUGUGAUUCACUGAGAGACGGUAAAUAUAAUGUAUACAUGACUGUGUUAAAGGUUUGUCCAGAAGGUUGACAGGAAAAAAAAAAAAA